AAGCAACUGAAUUAACAGUGUCAUGUGACCCGCACCGCUACGUUGUAACAAAUAUGACUAUUUCUAACAGUGCGGUGAUCCGGAAAUGAUUACACUGUAAUAGCAGAUCACGUGUCAUCCAUGGAGGGGAGGUGUGUCUGUACAGCCAGAGCUCUAGCCCAAUCAGAAAUCAGACAGAAAUCAGGUGAUGUUGUCCUCACUGAGGAGACAACGUGGAUCUAAAAAAUGAAUUUUUCUCUCACUUCCUGCAUUGGUCAUAAAAUGGCUCCAAAGAGAAAAGCAGCAACUCAGACCAAGGCCCCCAGCAAGGGGAAGAAAGUGAAGGUGAAGGAGGAGAUUAAGGAAGAGGAGAAGGAGGAGAUCAUUAAAGCUCCAGACCGUUUCCAGAGCGCUGUCCAGGCUCUUAAAGGUGCAACGGGGAAGAAAGGAAAGGCGAAAAAAGACUCAGCCUGCCCACUUAACUGUCAAGGCGACAUAGAGGUAUACGAGGACUAUGAUUGUAUGCUGAACCAAACGAACAUUGGAAACAACAACAAUAAGUUUUACAUCAUCCAACUCCUUCACAGCACGAGCAGCAAGAAUACAUACUACUGCUGGAACCGCUGGGGCCGAGUGGGAGAGGUGGGUCAGAGCAAGUUAACCAAUUUCAGUGAUAUCAAUUCUGUUAAGAAAGACUUUGAAAAGAAGUUUAAAGAUAAAACAAAGAACAAUUGGUCAGAUAGAGAGAACUUUACUCCACAUCCUGGAAAGUACACGAUGAUUGAAGUGGAGCAUGAUGAUGAUGAAGAAGAAACUGGCGAAGCAGUGGUCAAGGUGGACACUGUAGAUGGAGUGUGUAAAAAGGUCCGGCCCUGCUCUUUGGACAAACCCACCCAAGACCUGGUGUCUCUGAUAUUCAACACUGACAUGUUCAAAGACGCCAUGCAGACCAUGAACCUAGAUAUAAAGAAGAUGCCAUUAGGGAAGUUGAGUAAAGCGCAAAUCGCGAAGGGGUUUGAUGCAUUAGAAGAACUGCAGGCUGCAUUGGACAGAAAUGCAAACAAGAAGGAGCUCAGUGAACUGUCCUCUAAAUUCUUUACCAUCAUCCCUCACAACUUUGGACGUCAGACACCCCCUGUCAUUGACAGUCAGGAGGUGUUACAAGCCAAGAAGGACAUGUUACUGGUCCUUGCAGACAUCGAGCUAGCUCAGACCCUCCAAGCAGACAAAGUUAAGCAGGAGCAGAAAGUAGAGCUGACUGAGGUCCCCCACCCCCUGGAUGUAGAUUAUGAGCUCCUCAAGUGUCAACUCAGCCUUCUGGACACAAAGUCUAAAGAAUUUAAGGUUAUUGACACAUAUGUGAAGCACACGGGACCAACCUACCGUCACCUGAAGAUCCUGAAUGUCUGGCGUGUGGACCGAGAGCAUGAGGAAGAACGACUCAAAGCCCAUGAGGACAUUGAUAAUCGACGCUUGCUGUGGCAUGGCACCAACGUUGCUGUAGUGGCUGCUAUCCUAAAAAGUGGCCUGCGCAUUAUGCCCCACUCAGGGGGACGUGUAGGCAGAGGGAUAUAUUUUGCUUCUGAGAACAGCAAAUCUGCCGGAUACGUUGGUACCACGUCCAGUGACCUUGGAAUCAUGUUCUUGAAUGAAGUGGCUUUGGGGAAGGAGCAUCAUAUCACGCAGGAUAAUUCCUCUUUGAAAAGUGCUCCAAAGGGCUAUGACAGCGUUGUGGCACGUGGACUGACAGAGCCAGAUCCCUCCAUGGACUAUGAGCUGAUAUUGGAUGGAAGGAAGAUAAUUGUGCCACAAGGAAAACCGAUCAACAUUUCUGAGUACAAGACCUCGUUCUUCUCUCAGAGCGAGUACCUAGUGUACAAAGAGAGCCAAGCAAGGAUUCGCUACCUACUGUUACUGAAGUUCUAGGCUCUGCGCCCUCUCCCUAGGGUUUGUCUCAAUGACACAGGUUAGGGAUUGGUCACAUCAUGUUUUUCUCAUACAUUCGGGGCAUACAUUGGUAUUCUGUCAAAAAGGUAUGCCAACACAUACUGUGGCUUCUGCAUUAAACAGGCAAUGCUUUUGAGACCUACAAAGUAAAUGUAUAUGUGCAGAAAGUGGCCUGAAUGUAGUCACAUGUGAAGAAUGGGGCUACUGCCAGUACACUAUAUGUCAGCAUCCCUAUUUGACAGGUGCCGAUGUAUAUCUCAAGCAUAAUAGGAAAAUGUGAAUUGAACAGCCCCUUACUAUUAUGUAUAGAUAUUCUAUGAACCAGCAUAUUGUGAUUUAAGAAGUAAUGGCAUGACAACUCUACAACCAGACUCUCUAUUCAGAAUAGACAAUGAAGGCUUGAGGCUCUAGAGAAGUUCAGCCUCCAGUAUAAAGUCUAUUUUUAGUUUACACCUGUGUAUAUACUCUGGAUAUAGGAGCAUGUACAAUAGUAUAUCAUAUGCAGAUAUUACCAUGACAUUGCUGGUUUCUCCCUAGUGUCACCUAUGCAGACAUGAGAGCCACACACCUUACUGGCAUCUCUAAAUAUAAUACAAUACUAUAUAAUUACAUUGUGAUCAGACAUGAGGUCCACACACCUUAUACUACAGUCACAUCUAUUCCAUCUAUUACUGCUGACAACCAUCCUCUAUAUCAUGUCUGAGAGGUUGUCACAGCCCCGCCCCCAUUACUGACAUCACUGGAUAUAAUUACAUUGUGAUCAGACAUGAGAUCCACACACCUUAUACUACAGUCACAUCUAUUCCAUCUAUUACUGCUGUCAAAUAAAUCCUCCAAACCACUCAGGGUUAAUUCAGGCGCAGGCAAUGGAACUAGGUAUAUACAGCAAUGCUGGUGAAUGGCUUAAGGAAAGUACGCGGCUUCCGCCCCGCUCCUGGAUCCCAGUUUUGCGGCGUGACGUGGGUCAACUGCCCUUAGGAAUACGGUACUUUUUUGUAUAAAUUACAUUUAAUUGUAUUGUUGUUAUGAACCUGAGGAAGACGCCGGCUCUGGCGUUGAAACGCGUUGUUCUGCAAUAAAUGACCUUUGGUUAUUCACAUUGACCCUACUUUCCUUAAGCCAUUCACCAGCAUUGCUGUAUAUACCUAGUUCCAUUGCCUGCGCCUGAAUUAACCCUGAGUGGUUUGGAGGAUUUAUUUGAUUACUGAACACCACGAGGUGGUGGAGAGGGACCGGCUGCACUUUGGACACAUUUCUAUACACGAUCACCAGAGUUGUGCCUGCUUGUCAGCACAACUCCUUGGGUAAGCGCAAUUUAUUAUUAUAUGCGGAUCCCACCCAUCGUUUAUUGCACUACGGAGCGCUCUCUGUGUUUUUCUUUGUAGUAUCUAUUACUGCUGAUCAGACAUGACAACCAGCCUCUGUUUCAUAAUCCCCUUUUAUAAUAAUAUGUUUGUGCUGUUACAGACCUUGGUUAUAAUAUUAUAAUUAGUAUUCCAUUUCAGUUACUUUUUACGGUUUACAUGGGUAUUCCUAUCUUAGAAAUCAUAGAUAGAUAAUGUAUAUUUAUUAACUUUUGCAAUCACUUUAAAGGGGUAUUCCGGGCAAAAACAUCUUAUCCCCUAUCGAAAGGAUAGGGGAUAAGAUGUCUGAUCGUGGUGGGACCCCCCGCGAUCUCCCUGCAGCAGCUUUCAUUCUAUACGUUGCU